AAAAUAAAUUGUAGAGUUUAGUUCGUAUGCAGUAUUUUCCCACCCAUAAUUUUUGAGAUGCAAAUAUUUCCAAAUGAGAAAUGUAAAUAGAUUUGUAUUGAUUUAGAGUAGAUAACGCCAACAACACAACAUGGAUAGCGAUGAUUUGUACGAUGAAUUCGGUAAUCUAAUCAAUGAAGAUUCAGGAGAUUCUGAUGAUGAAUCGUUAGAUGAUUUUUUAGUGGAUGAAAGUGAUGAAUUUGAAGAGAAUAGUAAUAUCGAGGACCAUAAUAUAGAACAACAAAGUUUAAUCAAGAGAGAUACAAAUCCCUUGGACAAUGUUACCCAGAUCAUAGUGAAACCAUACGAAGAGAGUGAUAAUGUGCCAGUUAUUCAAAGAGCCAUUGAGAAGAAAGUACGAAUUGAUUAUUCACAGAAAAUAUCAUCAACUACCAAAGACGAAGAUUUUGAAAAUUUACCUGAAAUCAUUUAUUCAAGAUCAUUCAUGAUCGAUACCAUGAAAACACUUCCUGAAAGAAUACGAAAUAUAGCGGUGAUAGGUAAUUUACAUUCAGGAAAGACCUCCUUACUUGAUUCGUUGGUGCUUCAAACUCAUGCCCCAUCAAUUGCAUUAAAGAAAACCCUCAAAAAUUUCAAACCAUUGAGAUUCUUAGAUAAUCAUAAGAUUGAAGUGGAUAGAGGUUUAUCGAUUAAGAGUUCUCCCAUAACGUUAUUAUUAAAUGAUUUACGUGAUAAAUCAUACGUAUUCAACUUUCUCGAUUGUCCGGGGCAUACAAGUUUUGCUGAUGAAACAUCAGCUGCUUUGAAUGUAGUUGAUGGAGCAAUUCUUGUGAUCGAUGCAGUCGAAGGAUUAUCACCUAGAGAUAAAUCAUUAAUCACACAGAUGUUAAAACUUAAUAUACCAUUCACUUUAUUAAUAAAUAAAAUAGACAGACUUAUAUUGGAAUUAAAAUUACCUCCUCAAGACUCAUAUUAUAAACUUAAAUAUAUCAUAGAUGAUAUAAACAAUUACAUCCAAGAUAACGAAUUCAUAUUAACUUAUGAACAUCAAACACCAAUAUCACCAAGUAAUAACAAUGUGAUAUUCAGUUCUUCCACUUAUGAGUUUUCAUUCACUUUAUUAAGUUUCGCUAAGAUUUAUUUAGACAGAAAUCCCAAGAACACAGUUAAUAUUGAAGAAUUCAGUAAAAAACUUUGGGGAGACUAUUAUUUUGAUUCUACCAACAAUGCUUUCACUUCAAAAUCCACCAAAGGUUCCAUACGGACAUUUGUUUCAUUUAUUCUUGAACCAAUUUAUAAAAUAAUGACAUAUACAUUAGUUUCAAGUGAUGAUAAACUUCCGAAAUUAUUAUGGACUAACUUUGGGGUUACAUUACCAAAGGAUCUUUAUAAGAAAGAUAUUCAAAUACUACUUAAAGAGGUCUUCAAAGCGAUUUUCUAUGGCAAUAGAGGAUUGACCAACUCCUUAGUUAAUUCUAUCACAUAUCAUAAUCCAUCUGAUUCUAAGCUUGUAGGAAAAGUUGUUAAGCUUAUUGAAUCUUCAGAUGCCAAAUUCUUUUAUGCUCUAGUAAGAGUUUACCUGGGAAGUUUUAAAAUAGGGUCUAGGAUAAAAGUGCUUGGUGAGAACUACGAAGAAGAUGACGAGGAUUAUACUAUAGAUGUGGUAGAUGAAUUAUAUUUACCAGGAGGAAGAUACAGAAUACCAGUCAAAGAAGUCGGUGAAGGAUUUUUGGCUUUAGUAAAAGGUGUUGGUUCCAAUAUAACGAAAGGAGGAUCGUACAUUUAUGACGAAGAUGCAGAAGUGUCCAAUAUACCUGUUUCUCAAAAGUUUGGGGAGAAGUCAGUAUUUAAGGUAGCCGUUGAACCAGCAGCACCAUCUGAAUUACCUAAGUUAUUAGAAGGAUUACGAAAAUUAAACAAAGCUUACUUGGAUUGUGUUAUCAAUGUUGAAGAAAGUGGAGAACAUGUCAUUUUAGCACCAGGCGAAUUGUAUAUGGAUUGUAUGUUACAUGAUUUGCGAAACUUCUUUACGGAUGAUUUGGAAAUUAAAGUAAGUGAUCCGAUGACAAAGUUUGGGGAAACAUGUAUAGAAACUUCAAGUACCAAAAUUCCCACCAAAACAACAACAGGAAGUAAUCAGAUAUCCAUCAUAGCAGAACCUAUCAAGGACAAUAAGUUAAGUCAUGCUAUAGAAACCAAUAAAAUCAACCUUAAACAACCGGUAAAGACUAUAGCGAAGUACUUAAGAAAUGAUAUUGGAUGGGAUGCAUUAGCUGCUAGGUCAGUUUGGUAUUUUGGACCAGCAGAUUUACAAUCUCCAAGUAUAUUACUUGAUGAUACUUUAGAAGAUGAAACCGAUAAAGAAUCUCUUGAAUCAGUUAAGGAUUCAAUCCGUUUAGGAUUUAAAUGGGGUAUAAGUGAAGGACCAUUAUGUGGUGAACCGAUUAGAGAUGUUAAAUUCAAGAUUCUUGAUGCCGUAAUCAGUGGAUCUGAAGUUCAAAGAAGUAGUACUCAAAUCAUUCCUAUGACAAGAAGAGCAUGUUAUACUGGAUUCUUAACUGCCAGUCCUAGAUUAAUGGAACCGAUUUAUACUAUUGAUAUAGUAUGUAAUGAAAAGGCUAUUAGAGCAGUUGAACAUUUAUUACAAUCAAGAAGAGGUUAUUUGGUGAAUCACACUCCGAUCCCAGCUUCUCCUUUAUUCCAAUUAGAAGGGAUAGUACCAGUGAUCGAAUCAGUAGGAUUGGAAACUGAUAUGAGACUUCAAACUCAAGGUCAAGCCAUGUGUUUCUUACUGUUUAAAAAAUGGGAUAUUGUACCAGGUGAUCCAUUUGAUACUAAUGUUGCUUUACCUGCUUUAAAACCAGUUCCUUAUAAAUCUCUUGCUAGAGAUUUUGUCAUGAAAACAAGAAAGAGAAAAGGUUUACCGGGUGAACCAAGUUUACAGAAAUAUAUAGAACCAGAGUUAUAUACCAAAUUGAAAGAAAAGGGUUUCAUUAAUUGAAACCUCAAAACUUUUAUUAAUACACAAUUUAAACUAAUAAUAGAUCUAAAUACAUUAAUCUUGAGCUCAUUCUUCUAAUUUUGGU